UAAAAGUUGUCUGCUUUGGUCGGUGGUCGCUAGUUUGCACGCUUAGGUUACGUGUGUGGCAGAUUCACCAUGAGACUGAGAGUAAGUGCCCAGCUAUGUACAUGUUUGAGACGCAGAUACACCACAGUCACAGGCACAGCCACACAGGUGCAGCAGCCACUCAACUACGUCAAUGGUCAGAGAAAUCAACCUCCGGGACAAGACCCAGCCAACAGAUUUGAUCUCAUAAAUCCUGCAACAGGUGAAGUUCUGCGUCAGAUACAGAACUCUGGAGUGGAGGAAGUAGAUGGUGCUAUCGGCGUUGCUCUGCGGGCGUUUCCGGCCUGGUCUCAAAAGGCGGGGUUCGACAGGGGUCAGGUCCUAAGGAAAGCAGCCCAGCUGAUCAGGGAGAGGUGUGAAGAACUGGCCCGUACAGAGGUGCUGGACACAGGGAAGCCGAUCUGGGAGGCUCGCUACGACAUUCAGGGAUGUGCCGACACCAUCGACUACUAUGGUGGCCUUGCAGCAGCAAUAACAGGCGACUUCACUCAGCUGGCAGGGGGGUCCUUUGCCUAUACGAUCCGGGAAGCCCUGGGUGUGGUUGGGGCUAUAGGGGCGUGGAACUACCCCUUCCAGAUGGCGGCCUGGAAGUCCUCACCUGCAUUAGCAUGCGGCAACACCAUCGUUUUCAAGCCCUCACCCCUCACUCCGCAAACAGCCGUCAUGUUAGGAGAGAUAUAUGCAGAAGCUGGUCUGCCGGACGGAUGUUACAAUGUUAUUCAGGGCGAGGGGGAGACGGGGCAGUUGUUGUCUCGACACCCUGGAGUGGCUAAGAUGUCCUUUACAGGGAGCGUCCCCACGGGGGCCCGCAUUAUGGAAGCAUGUGCCCAGGACAUCAAGCAUGUCACUCUGGAGCUGGGAGGCAAGUCACCACUCAUCAUAUUCUCUGAUGCGGACAUGGACAACGCUGUGAAAGGGGCAAUGUUAGCCAACUUCAGCAACCAAGGACAGGUGUGCUCGAACGGAACACGAGUGUUUGUCCAGAAGGAUGUUGUGAAAGAGUUCCUGAAGAAGCUCGUAGAGCGCACGCAAAAGAUGAAGAUUGGGGAUCCGAAUGUUGAAGACACGACUGUCGGGGCUACAAUCAGCAGCAGCCAGGCAGACAAGGUGCUAGCAUAUGUUCAAGGGGCUAAGAAAGAGGGUGCUACUGUGGUGUAUGGUGGGGAGAGGGUGUCUCAAGCUGACCCCCGCCUCGCACACGGGCAUUAUCUCUCUCCCUGCAUACUGGCGGACUGCCACGACCACAUGACCGUUGUACGAGAGGAAGUCUUUGGUAGUGUCAUGUCGGUGUUGACCUUUGACACAGAAGAGGAAGUGCUGAGGCGUGCCAAUGAGACAGAGUUUGGCCUUGCCGGAGGCGUCUUUACCAGAGAUCUGAGCCGGGCACACCGUGUCGCAGCGGGGAUGGAGGCGGGGUCACUCUAUGUCAACAACUACAACAUCUACCCUGUCGGGGUUCCCUUCGGGGGCUACAAGAAAUCAGGAAUCGGACGUGAAAAUGGCAGGGACACCCUGGACUACUACAGUCAGAUCAAGUCGGUGUAUGUGGAGAUGAAUGAUGUGGAUUGUCCAUACUGAGUAUGUGGCUGGUUGGUCUUGAGGUCUAGCUGGUUGGUCUUGAGGUCAAGCGGGUUGGUCUUGAGGUCUAGCUAGUUGGUCUUGAGGUCUAGCUGGUUGGUCUUGAGGUAUAGCUGGUUGAUCUUGAGGUAUAGCUGGUUGGUCUUGAGGUAUAGCUGGUUGAUCUUGAGGUAUAGCUGGUUGGUCUUGAGGUCUAGCCGGUUGGUCUUGAGGUCUACUUGGUUGUCUUGAGGUCGAGCCGGUUGGUCUUGAGGUCUACUUGGUUGUCUUGAGGUCAAGCUGGUUGGUCUUGAGGUCUAGCUGGUUGGUCUUGAGGUCUAGCCGGUUGGUCUUGAGGUCUACUUGGUUGUCUUGAGGUCGAGCGGGUAGGUCUUGAAGUAUGGCCAGUUGGUCUUGAGGUCUAGCUGAUUGGUCUUGAGGUAUAGCUGGUUGGUCUUGAGGUAUAGCUGGUUGGUCUUGAGGUAUAGCGGGUUGGUCUUGAGGUCUAGCUGGUUGGUCUUGAGAUCUAGCCUGUUGGUCUUGAGGUCUAGCCUGUUGGUCUUGAGGUCUAGCCUGUUGGUCUUGAGUCCUUGUGCCUUUCCUUAUGGAUUUGUAUUAUCAGUUUUACAGGAUCUGGAUUAUUAAAUCUUAAGUGUUUUAUAUCACAUGAGAUUCACCUUGGUAGGAUUGCAAAUUCUUUUUUUAUCCAAGAGACAUCUUCAAUAAAUGCCAAUAUGGUAUAAGCACUAAUUCUGCAUACAUUGUUUUCUACAGUUUUCUGAUCUCAUCACAUAAUAUAUCUAUGAAGGACUUUGUGUUCCCAUUAGUGUGGAGCAUCGUACAUAAAGGUUGCGAAUGGAUGCAAAUAAUAUGCACUGCAAAAAACGUCUUAUGCAGAUAUUUUGUAAUUCUGAUGCAUGUAGUGGUUAUAUCAUAUGAUACGUAUGACAGGUGGUGACAUUCUUAUGACACCAAUGGCAGGUUACUGUGAUCUACUUUUAGUGACAAGAAUGUGCCAUUUGUUUUGGUUACUUUGAAUUCCACACAGUUGUUUCAUUGAAUUCCACAAAGGGACAUCAUAUUUGAUUAUAUUCUAGAUAGCCCUUCCGAAUGAUCUUGAAACGCUGGUCAGUGAUUCAAAGGUCAAAUUUACUCUCAAGGUCAUAUACAGUAAACUGCGGUUAUAACGAACUGAAAGGGACAACUUAUUUUAGUUUGUUAUAACCAUAGUUCAUUAUUAGCAUAGUGAUAUAGACAGGAUAUAUAUACAGCAAAUACCCAGGACCAAAAAACAAUAGGUUAUAAUUGUCAGUUCACUAUAAGCGUGUUCGUUAUAAACGUAGUUUACUGUAUUAAAACAUGUACUGGUAUUAUGUGUGUGAUAACUCAAGAGGUGUUCACCUUAAUAGGAUGAACUUUGGUACAUAUCAUCCUAAGGAUGGCGCAUUGAAUUGGUAUCUUUGUGUGACCUUCGUGGAGGGUCAAGGUGGCUGGAAGGAUCAUCAGGAAGUUCUGCUUCUUUGUGAACUGAACCAACCCUAAGUGUUUGUACGACAUGUAAGAGCAAAUUGAAAUUGAGAGUCAAGGUAAUUGAAUCAAAAGUGCACAGGUCUUAUAAAAUUGUCUUAUAAAAUUGUCUUGCAUUAGACAUGACACUAAAUGAUGUCCUAGUGCCGGAAGUGGAUAGGAUUUUUUUUAUUAAUGUUGUUACAGGCAUAGGACUUUGUAUUGCAGUUGUUUUGCAUCUGUAAUAGGGUUUUACUACCCGGGUACCCCAACCGCCAUUGCCCGACCAUACCAGGGUACCCCAUCCAGUAUUGCUCGACCCUACCUGGGUACCCGACCCGCUAUUGCUCGACCCUACCCGGGUACCCCACCCACUAUUGCUCGACCCUACCCGGGUACCCAACCCGCUAUUGCUUGACCCUACCCUGGUACCCCACCCGCUUUUGCUCGACCCUACCCGGUACCCCACCUGCUUUUACUCGACCCUACCCGGGUACCCACUGUAAGUCUCAAGAGUACAUAAUGUCUGCUUGGGAAUUGAUUUUGCAAAAAGUAUUCAGACACACGUAAUAACCGAUCUGGUCAUGCAUCCACUGAAGUUGACUGAAGCUUCAUCUUUAUUCAAACAUAUAAAAGUCAGAAGGUAUGUGUGCAUAGUCAGUUAGAGUCACAUUAGUGACUUGUAGUGUAACUAUGGAGUUAUAGUGAAUUUUUGUCAUUAAAUACUAUAACACGGGACUAACAACGGGUCCGGGCAGUCCUGUGGGUACCUGGGUCCUACUUCGUACCAAGUACUACCCACCCGAUCUGAGUACCUGAAUUACCUGUCCCAGCCCUAGUUCGUAAUCAUGUUUUCCCAAACAGAAAGUGAUGUUUAGGCUAAAAAAAAUUAAAGGAAUUGGUUCUCAGUCAAUGGUUUUCGAAAAUAUAGUGGCGGUGUUUUGUUAUUUUUUGGGGGGGUAUGUUCAAACUGGUAUGUAACCAAAUAAACAGUUGUGUACAAUCAACCAGGGAAAGGGCCUCCCUGCAUAAAUGUAUUCCUUGAUGAAUAAAAUACUGAAAUACUGUAUUUGACUACCAUUGGAAUAUUUAAGGAUUUUUAAAAAAAAAAUUCAAAUGGAAGUAAAAAUGAAAUGUGUGGCAAACUUCAUGAUGAUGCGGGCAGUGCCUGAGAACCAAGACUAUUAUUUUUUUAGGCCUUACACAUGUUAUUAAGGUAGCUAGAGGCACAGCUUCAAGGCAGUCAGGAGAAGGUGGGGAUGUGGCUGCUUCUAUUCUGUUAUGUUGUGCCAACAGCUUUCCAGUUGUUUAUGAAUUAUUAUUCAAUUAAAUAGAACCCCUCGAAUAUGAGGUAUCAUGGUUGAGAACAUGUGUUAUUUGUGUGCUGGCAAAUGUAUGUAUGGUGAGUUGGAUAUGUUUAGAGACUGAAGAAUAUGUAUGAAUGACAAUAUAUUCAGACAUUGUUGGAGAUGCACUGGAUGAGGAUUACCAUGAUUUACAUUUUAUACCAAUUAUUUUUUUUUUUUAUGUUCAGUUUUUGAUUAGUUUAGUUCUGUCACAAUUACACGGACAUUAUUAACUUGUACACAGAACAUUGGGAGUUCAGAUUCCAGAAAGGGUAAAGGGGACAGUUGGUAAAGAUUGGCACCCUCUUUUUUGAGGGUUUGCCAAAUUAUCAUUUGUUCAUACUUCAGAGGACCAGUGUCUCCUCAUGUGAGAGACAGUAUUUUCACACACACACCUUGGUUAAGAGGGAUGGGAUAAUUUAAAUAAUUUGUAGAGGGAAUUCUCAAAAUGUUUCAAGGGUUGCAUGCAGCCGGCUGCUCUACACCUGCAGCUAAGAAGUGCAUACCGUUUUAUCAUGCCGAAAAUGUUGAGCACAUACUUUAUAUAUCUUUAUGAAUGAAUGUACAUCUCUACACUGUAAUAAAGUUGUUUUCAACAUUA